UUUGCGCCGAGGUCUGUCAUCAAGUGUCGCUCUAUAGUAUCGCGUGUGUGCUUAAUUUUUCCAAGUUUUCAAUUUUAAAGUAAACGCUAAAUAAAUCAUUAGUAAAAAUGGCUGUCUGGGAAGGAAAGAAAUACAAGUUAGAAAAGAGUGAAAACUUCGACGAAUACAUGAAGGAAUUGGGUGUCGGUAUGGUUCUACGCAAAAUGGGUAACAGUGUCAGCCCCACCGUUGAACUGAAGAAGGAUGGUGAUAACUACUCUUUCACCACUACCUCAACCUUCAAGACAACGACGGUCAACUUCAAGCUGGGCGAGGAAUUCGAUGAAGAGACACUUGAUGGUCGCAAAGUGAAGAGCGUCUUCACUCUGGAUGGCAACAAAUUGGUGCAAGAACAGAAGGGUGACAAACCAUCGACCAUUAUUCGUGAAUUCACUGACUCCGAGCUAGUGACUACUCUCACCCUCAACGACGUGAAGUCCGUCAGAGUCUACAAGGCUGUAUAAAUGCGCAGUGCGCUACAUGUGAAGUUCAAAACAACAGUAACAAAAAGCUAAAGUAAUUUAAAAUAAAAAAUGCCACUUCUUGCGAUAAACUAAUGAUUGAAAAACUAACUAUCAUACAGCAUACAUUGCUCUUUAUAUAACUACAUAUACAUAUAUAUAUAUAUAUAUUUUGGAUUGUGAAUAUCCCAAUUUUGUUUAUGACUGAUUAUUUGCUGAUUAAUGCAUAAAAUAAUGUAAUUAAAAGUAUGAAGUUGUUAUUAGGUAACAAUUAACUAUUUUUAUGUGAUUAGGCGGCUAAUUAAAGUGAAAUAAUUCUCAAUAUUAUUAACGACGCGCACCAAAAUGUUCACACAUGCUAUGAUAAAUAUUGUUGAAUUGAGGAUUUUCGCUAAUGCAUUUAAAUAUAUUAACAUUUAAUUUAAAAUUUUUAUCAUUGACAAAUAUUUAAGCACAAAACCGGUAUAAGAACAAAUGUGACUUUUUGCAUUCAGUUAAAUAAACAUAAAAUUGAAUAUUCGUGCAUCUUAAUGAAAAUAAAGAAAGUGUAGAAUUUAUAUUAACUUUAAUAAAAUGCACAAUGGCGUUGAAAAUA